CAAAAGACAUAACAACAUCCCAUAGUGAAAGACAUAUAGUUCAAACACACAUUAAAGCAGGAUAACAUAGGUUUUAAUACCGCGCCAGUGGGAUUCAAACGGGCUGUUAUCCUUUAAACCAAACGCGGGAUUAUCCUGAAAAGCAAACGCGGGCUCAGGGACAAGAAAAGCGUGGAGGAGCGUACAAAAGCAGUUUGCAAAAACUGUUCCCGCCCUUCCUCCUUUUUGAACACGCUUCCUUUCCAAAUACAAUACGAGAAAAACAGAAUCUCAAAUCAGAAAUAUUCUUUCAGCUCCGGACCUCCUCCAUCCAUUCUCUUCUUUUGUCUGGGUUUUCUUCUCAAUGGAUCUCCAUCCCAGUCCCUUUCCAGUUAAAUAUAUGAAGCUUAAACCAACCAGGAAAAUCCCACAAGCCUCCAAAAUCAACAAGGUUGGACCUCUCGUUCAAAGUGAAAAACGAGUAUUUGGAACGGCCCGAAACCCCAACAUACCUCCAAAAACAGCACCCACAAGAGGAAAAACGGACAUGCAGAAAAAGGUAGCAAAACCUUCACAAUCUAUUAAGGACUCGUCCGGGCGAAAAAGCCCGUUAAUACCCAAGAAGAAAAGCGUGUGUUUUCAAGAAAACGAAAGAAAUGGAGAACUUUCUGGCGUAGAGCCCCAAACACCAGCAAAAUCACCCACUUUUCAGUCCAAGCCAAGGCUUUCGGUUACACCUUUUCACAGUGCAGAGAAAUGCAGCAAAUGCAGGUUUGACAGGCUCGAAACCUCAACAUAUUGGCUCUCUCAGAUCAGAUUGGCAGAAACUGUGGGGAAACACUCAGUUUCUGCUGUUUUCUUCCAGCUGGCAUUUGAUUGCCAGGCAGAGCCCGUUCGUAAUAUCCGACUCGAGUUCAAGAAGUACAUGCAAAGACACGAGCACUUGAAUGGGGAAGUAAAGUGGAAGAAGCUGUUGGUUAGCUAUGGCCUCGUGAAAGAAGAAAGCAGUACAGGCCGUCAAGAAGUUAAUAAGGCCGACUUGGAAGAAGAGAAUGCAACAAGUGAUCAUGGAAAUGGUGAAGGUAAGAAUUUGCUGAAUGAAAUGGCUGGAGAAAUCGAAACUUGAAUGUUUUAUGAAUAUGGUGUUGAACAGGGAAGGCUGCAAUGUCUAGUCAUUAAAUGUUUUUUGCAAUUAGUAAAAGAUAUUGACUUUGUUGUAAUUGUGCAAUUUGUCAUCCCUUUUUUAGUUGGUCACUGUUUAUUUGAAUUGUGAAAUCUGUAAUGGAGUGAAAUGCAUGUUUGUGGAGGUUGUGUUUCAAGCUUGUGUAGCGUGUUGUGUUGUAUGCAAUGUAACAUUUGAUGCUUAUGAAGUUCAUUUAAAAAAAAAAAAGUCAGAAUGGGUUAUAGAAU